AAGAAAACCCUUUCCCAAACCGUCCGGACUGGAAAGGAGCGACGAGGAGGCCGCCUUCGCCGAAGGAAAGAGACGCUGAGGGGAAAGUGGGGGCGUGUGUGGAUAAAAACGAAGAAGCCGCCGCCCGCCCGCCUUCCUUCCUCUGAGGGGAAGCCGGAGCCUCCCGUUGUCCGCAGAGCCAGCCCCGACCCGGACGAUUCUGGGGAGCUGCGAUGGCUGCACAGUCAGCGCCGAAAGUUGUGCUUAAGAGUACCACCAAGAUGUCUCUCAACGAGCGCUUCACUAAUAUGCUGAAGAACAAACAGCCGAUCCCGGUGAACAUUCGGGCCACCAUGCAGCAGCAGCAGCUAGCCAGCGCCCGAAACAGAAGGCUAGCCCAGCAGAUGGAAAAUAGGCCUUCUGUCCAGGCAGCCUUAAAACUCAAGCAGAAGAGUCUGAAACAACGCCUGGGGAAGAGUAACAUCCAGGCACGUUUAGGCCGCCCAGCCGGGGCGCUGGCCCGGGGAGCCUUAGGGGGCCGUGGAUUGCCGAUGGGUCAGAGAGGACUGCCCCGUGGAGCGAUGCGUGGCGGUCGCGGCGCCAGAGCCUUGCUGCGAGGAGGAAUUCCCCUGAGAGGACAGACCUUACUUCGGGGAGGCCGUGGCAUCGCCCCUCGGAUGGGCAUGAGAAGAGGCCUCAGAGGACGAGGCGGGCCGGGCAGAGGCGGGAUUAACAGAGGAACCAUGGGGCGUGGUGGCCUCGGCGGCCGAGGUCGGGGCAUGGCUGGCCGGGGAAGAGGCGGCUUUGGCCGAGGAAGAGGCAGAGGGAGAGGGCGAGGCACCACUCGCCCGGCGCUGACUAAAGAGCAGCUCGACAACCAGCUGGACGCGUACAUGUCGAAAACGAAAGGCCACCUGGAUGCGGAGCUGGAUGCUUACAUGGCCCAGACGGAUCCGGAAACCAAUGACUGAUGCCAGAGAUGCUUUCCUGAGGCAGAGGGCGGGUGUGCGCAUGUGUGUGUCCUCUCCCCUCUCUCCCCCUUUUCUGGAAGCCGAGGCCGACAGCAGCUGACAAUUCUGGGAUGACCUACAGACUGGGCACGGUGGGACAGGGCAGAAGAUGUCACUCUAAUGUGUUCUUUUUCCAUUUUGAUACUCUUGUGUUGUAUGAAACUUUGGGGAGGGUUUUUUAUAUAUACAUAAACAGACACACACACACGUACGCCUAUUUCUCAAAUGACUUUGAAAAUGAAUGUGACUGACAGACCCUAUGGAUGGCAUGGGUUUUAUGGGUGGCUCACAAGCGCUGAGCCCUCCAGAACGCUCUUCAUUUCUCUUCAGCGGGAAGAUGCAGCGCACGAAACACACACACACACCCGCCUCCAGUCCAGCCGAGGCUUGCUGUAAAUAGUAGGUCUGGUGCUUCUCGUGAGCCCUGACGUCUGGCAGCUACUGCUGCUGCUAUAAUUGCAUUUUGGGUUGGCUCCCAAACCCACCCACGACUUAUUGAUCUGCCUGAGCAUAAUGGUAUGGAUUCUUUCAGGAUCGUGAAUACGUCUUCGUUGAGUCUUCUCUCCUCCCUGUGAACCAAAGGGGGCUCGAAUUUGCCCACCCUGAGGUGGCUGAAAACAGUUGUGAUUGUCAUUUAAUCUUUUUUCUCUCUCUCACUCGUUCACGCUCUUGUUGCCAGCCUGCUGGUUGAGGUUUUUUUAAGGAAGCGUUUGCCUUGUCUGUUACUCUUGUUUCUUGUGAGCGCCAGUGUUCUGCUCCAGUUUCCAACGCCAUCUUGUAUUUUUUCCAGUUUAUUGUAAGAAACAAUUGCAGGGAAAGGAAAAAAAAUGUGUGUGUGUUUCCUUUUAUUGUGGAAAGCUGGCACUGAAAGACAUGAUUGUGUGAUACAAAUACAUGCCUACUAACAUUUCA